AUGAUCGGGUUUGAGCAGGGUUUUGCCGAUACUGAGAACGCCGCCGCCGCAGCGAGCAAAACCGGCACCGCCGUAACCAAGUCGGCCCGGUCACUGGAAAAAGCGGCCAAAACCGGCAGUAUAAACGCCAUUCGCCGAGCCCAGGCGGACUUGAACGCUGCUUUAUGCACGCUGACGCAGGAAGUCGAAAACGCUGUUCAAGCUUGGCCCUUUCAGCCUGAUGAAGAGGAAGCCUAUCUCCAACAACAUUUUGCCGCGGAACUGCUCCAGGUGGCCGCCCAGAAGGGACUAGAUAUUCGUGAGCACGAUCAGCGGUUAAUCGCCCACCCAUCCAUCGUGAGCGUGUCGCCAGCCGGCCGCGCAGUGCGAGUCGAUAAAAAGCAAGUGUCAACCGUCCGGCCUUCUCACUUGGUAUCGCUAUUGCUGGCGAAUCAAGAGAAACCGGCCCGCUUCAACGGGCGCAAUGUCCUGGAGGCGAUCUACAAAGCCUACCAAAUGCUGGCAGGCACCGGGGCUCCACUACGUCGCACCGAGGGCAGACAGCUACCUGCGAUUCCGUUAGCCAACAUCUACGAAUCGCUCACCUUGAUGCCGGGCUCAGGACGUGAAUACAGCCGUACAGAUUUUGCCCGCGACCUGUACAGACUUGAUACCGAUGGCCCCCAAGAAACCCGAUCAGGGGCGCAGCUUCGUUUCCACAGCGGUCGCCAGAGUAACAUCGCUUUUGUGGAUCCGGGCGGCCACCUCGUCACCUAUCACAGCGUCGCCUUCUCAGAGGUUCGUAAUGGAUAA